CCGCUUAGACGCCUCGUAUUCAGAGCUUAUAAAAAUAUGAAAAACAGAAUACAAAGCUUAACCAAUCCAUCGGAAAAUUUUCGUCGACAGCCUUUUCCUGCUAGAUAUGGGACUGUUCGAACUCGUUCCUUGUUGCCGGAAACCCGUACAAUCUGAGGAAAACACCGGCGAGGAGAGUCAUUCUCCAGCGCCGAUUCCAGGCGUAGUUGAGAUCUCACUGCUCCAAUCAGUCUCUUCGAGAGUUUCGGAAAGGGGUGAAAUGUUGCCCGAAAAGAGAGAGAUUGCACCAGAAAUCGACGCGUUCCGUUUGGAUGGAAGGAAACGGAGCCGGAAAUAUACGAGGUGUUCUUGUUCGGUGUUGAAGCAGUGGAAGCCUUCGCUUGAUGCUAUAGCAGAAGAAGGGGCGCUGGUCUUGUCCAGGAAAGGAGAGAAGCCGUCGAUUUCGACUGCUAAAGGAGAAAUUCUGAUGAAGAAAACGGUAAAAGGAAGGAAUACGAUUAGGGUUCACGCCACGAAAGAAGGUGUAAGAGACGGUUAUAGACGGGCGAUGAGAUGGAAUGAUAGUUUCUGCGGAAGAAAGCUGAGAUAAUGGUAUCCCGUUCACUGGAGCAUAACGGAGAAGCAAUUCCACAAUGGUGAUUUUAGGCAUUUCCACCUUUUACUGUAUUAUACUGUAUUGAGGGAGAAUACCCCAAAUGUAUAGAUUCGAACCCAUUUUGGUAAUAACACUUUCUACCAUCUCAACCGGAAAUUGUAUUAGAUUAGGGUUUCAGCAAGAAUUGCAAAGAGAACUCUAGUAAUAGUUGCAGAGCUUCACGUAAAAUAUUUAGCGUUAGAGAUCUAAUUGCUUGACUGAAAAGUCUGACUCUUUCUCUCUCAUCAUUUUCUUUUUGUUUCAGGUAUUCUCAAAUUCCAAUCGGCCUUCCGGCCUUCACUCCAAUGGCUUUCAUGUUCUGAGACAUGACCUCUCUCUCCCUCCACCCCUGUGCCGCUUUCAUGUUCUGAGACGAUGGCAUCUCUCUCCACCCCUGUACAGGAGAUGCGAAGAAAGAAGAAAUUCUCAAAAAAGUUAUAUUGUUAUUGGAUUUUGUUGAUUCAGAGAACGUUAUCUCAUGUUCUGAGACGAUGGCCUCUCUCUCCAUCCCUCUUUGUACAGGCGAUGCGAAGAAAGAAGAUAUCUCUUGAAAAACUUAUAUUGUUAUUGGAUUUUGUUGAUUUUAGAGAACCUUCUCUCAGAAGUUUGUAAUUCACUAUAAAAUAUUAAUUUUUUAUGCAAUGUAUGUUUUAUUGUUUCA